GCCGCUCCGUUGCCAUGUCGACGGCGAUGCACUUCGGGAGCAAGAGCUUCAAGCCGAAGCCGCCGGACAAAGGCUCCUUCCCCCUGGACCACUUCGGUGAAUGUAAAGCCUUCAAAGAAAAAUACAUGAAGUGUCUCCGGGAGAACGGCUUUGAGAACAACCUGUGCAGGCAGGAAUCGAAGGAAUACUUAGAGUGCCGAAUGGACAGGCAGCUGAUGGCCAGAGAACCACUGGAAAAACUAGGAUUUAAAGACCUCAUAGAAGAGAAGGUUGAAGCCAAGAAUGAGAAGUUGUAAGGAAGGGACGAC